AUGGGCGACAUUUACAUCAGCAACGGAACCUGCUACGGAUCCGCAGGCAACGAGCUCGACAAAAGCUUCAUCCCGUGCGGAAAUGCCGCCUUUGGACCAGUGACGUGCUGCGGAGCGGGAGAUGUCUGUCUCAGCAACAACGCUUGCUUCGGCGUCCACGGCACGCCAGGAUCAUACGGAGCAGACCUGACCUAUCUCGCCGGGUGCACCGACGAAUCAUACAGAGAUGGGAGCUGUCCUGACAAGUAUGGUAUCGACCAGCCGUGGAUCGCUUUGACGGUUUGCGAUGACAGCGGUGGUGAUUGGGCUCCGUGUCCUCAGGAGGGAAGCCCGACUACGCUGCAGAAUGGUGCUUAUUGCAGCUGUACUGAUGCUGCGUCGACGACUGUCGCCAUCAACAAUUCGCCACGGCUGGCAGAUAUUGCUAGGUUGCCGCAGACGACUGGGGGGACUGUUUCAUUCUUUCCGGGGAAUGAGCCGACAAAUACAUCUCCUCCGGCUCAAACGACCGGCGGGGGGAAUGGUGGAGGUCAGUCCAGCUCCCAAUCGCAAUCCCCAUCGCAAUCGCAACCACAACCAGGAACAACAGGCCAACCGCCAAAUACAGGAUCAUCAAAUACCAGCAGCAGCCCAAUACCAUCAGAGACAGGCUCACCAGGUUCAGACUCGGGAACGGGCUCGGACUCUGGCUCGGACCCAACCGGUGGUGGUGGUGGCGGGAGCUCUUCUUCAGGCGGCGGCCUGAACUCUGGCGCCAAGAUCGGCAUUGGCAUAGGAGCUGCCAUAGGAGGGCUCAUACUGAUUGCUACUCUGCUCACCCUCUGGCACUACAACCGGAAGAACCGCCGAUCUGCCUCUGGUGCCGCCGGGAUUGAAGAAGGCGGGGAAAAGCCAAAAAAGGCAUUCGCGCCUGUCCCGUCCCCUCGCGCAUCCGAAGCUGACUCCAACCCUGUCUCGGAAGCGGACGGAAAAGCGGUGACACGGCCCUGGAGCAUGAGAAGUGAGCUUGAAGGGAAUAAUACUGCUGCUGCCGCGGCAGGGAAGAAAGCGCCAACGGCGAAUGGAAAUCAAAAGGUUAAUACUGAUGGGGCAGCACGUCCGGGGGUGGGGGAGUUGGAUGGGAGAGAGGUGCAGGAGCUUCCACCGCACCACGAUCUGAGUCCGGUGGCAGAGCUUCCUGGGAGCGAGGCGUGGGCCCAGGCCCCGGGAGGGGGGAGGGGGAGGGUAUGA